AUGAAAUACGUAAAGAAAUAUUCAGUUUCCCUCGGCGCUCUUUUGGUGGUGGUGUUGACUUUCGUUGUCGUGAUUCAUUUGAUAUCUUUAAACAAUUCAAAUUUUAAUCCCUUUGAUUUGGGACCAGUAUCUUUGGGAAAUCAAGAAAUAUUGAAUGCUAUUAAAGAUGUCUCUUUCAAUUUUGGCAUUGCGGAAGCAAUUGGGGCCAUUCGGAUCGAACAACUUUUGGCAGAACACAGAAUUCUUCUGCCACCGGACCAAUCAGCAGCCGAUUUUUACACCCGAAUUUCAAAUGGCAACGUCCCGCCAAUCAAGCCGAUUUUGAUUGUUACGACGUGGAGAUCGGGUUCGACUUUUCUCGGCGAAAUCAUCAGCAGUUCACCGGGCGUUUUCUAUUCGUACGAACCGAUGUACUACUUCGAGCGACACAACGGAUCGAAGGCGGAACUCAUCCGAUCCCUUUCCCAGUGCCAGUUUCCCACUGAAUAUCUUCGUGACAUGAACGGGCUGGUAGAAGGCAGUCAAAAUUUCAUGGUAAUGAAUCACCGAGUCUGGAACUCUUGUCAACACAACCAAUCUCUGUGCAUCCAACCGGAAUUUGUUGGCCAGCUUUGUUCCUUCUUUCCUGUCCAUCUAAUGAAAACGGUUCGAUUACGAGUUGAAGAGCUUUCGUCACUACUAACGGACCAUCAGUUGACUAAAGAGUGGAAAAUUAUUUACUUGGUUCGCGACCCUCGCGGUGUUAUGGCAUCCAGGAUCAAUUUGCCUUGGUGUGAUCCAGAUCCGGCUUGCAAUGAUGCAGCUCGUCUAUGUGGCGAAGUCAAAGACGAUCUAGAGCGAAUAAGUCAACUGCAAAGUCAGUUUCCCGAUCGCUUUUACCUUAUCAAGUUUGAAGACUUGGCCGCUAGCGUUGAGUUGGAGACAGAGAAAUUGUACAAGUUCUUGGGUAUGCCCGUCACUGAUUCGGUGAAAGUCUUUUUGAGUAAACAUACGCAAUCAAAUGAGACCAGAGAUAAUCCUUUUUCAACAAUCCGGCAUUCGAACACCGUAGCUUUAGGUUGGAAAUCGAAAUUGUCUAACGAAACUAUAGCCAAAAUUUCAGACGUUUGCGCGCCAACUUUGAAAAUGCUUGGCUUUCUGUAAUAGGAGCUUGUUCAAAGUUAAUUCAUUUU